UGCUCUAACUGUUCUCUCUAGCUUGUGCUCUGCAGAGGGCACUGAGCCUGUGGUUUCUCUUACGUUCGUGGGCUUGCUUCUAGUGGUAAAGGAAAAGGAGAGCAGAGACUUCCCUACCGUCUUUUCCCCAGGAUUUCUUUUGCUUUUUCGCUUGUGAUUUCUCUCCUCUUAAAAUAAGAGAACAAUGCUCUCUUAUUCAAGGAAUUGAUGUCUAACAAGGACUUUUAUUGAUAUUUGAUUUAUUUCAUAAGAGCACAAAAACUGGAUAAAAUUGUUUUGGAUGCGGCGAUGGGACUAAAACGUUUCGUUUACCCUCGACAGUGAACUGAGAAUCGAAUGCAGUUCAAUUUCUCAAGCAAGGACUGGAGUGCACUGGAAUUCUAUUGUUUGUGUAACUUUAAUGGAAAAUGGUUUUGAAAUAUUUCCGCUAUUUACUUAAGUGUCUUUGAGUUUCGGGUCUGUUUUCAUUGUGGAAUUAUUUAUGUUCCCGAAUACCUCCGUUUUUGGAAUUUAACUGAGAGCCUCGUAGUAUUUAUGUUUUAAGUUAGUCUAAAUGCAUGCUGUUCCUGGUGGUUGUCAUUAUCUGUAUUUAGUGUUUGCAUCGACAUGUCACGUUGUAAUCGCUAGAAUACAGAAUAGUGUUUUGCCGUAAAGCUAUUCUGUCCUGUGAAGAGUUUUCAUAUCUUUUGGGUGCAAUCUGUUUUAUAAACAGGGCAAACAUAUGACCAAUAAUUGGAUUUUCUUUCUUCUGCAUUGGGGUUUUCUCUGAGAGAACGUUGAAAAUGAAGCAAAUAUUGGCGCUUGGUGUAGCGCUGCUUUUGCUAACUUGGACAGGAGAUGCUGCUGACAACGGUUCGGCUGACGUGCGCUCAAAACUUAGAAGGCUGACCAUCCGUCGCGCAGGGGUAAACAAAGACCAAUCACAUUCUGACACUCCAUUUCUAACGGAGAAUGCUGGCGGGGAGUCUCACUCCAUGCGUCCCUCGACCACCUCCAGGAAUUCAGAAAGACUCAAGGAAAUGCAGCAAGAUCAGAGUUCAAGUUCUUUAAGGACUGGGCAGACUAGACGGGUGCUGACAGGCAGGAGGCCAACUCUGCAACAGACUGCCGUGGUUCAGGCUGAUGGUGCCCUUGGGGGUCAACCAAGGCAAGGCCGUAUGCCAGGUGGUACUGGUUCUCCCACCCUCUUAGCCAGCUUUGCAGGGAAAAACCGUGUGCUAAUCAUCUCUGCUCCACACGAGUCUGACGGUUACUACCGGCUGAUGAUGAGCCUGCUGAAACCGGAUGUGUACUGUGAGUUGGCCGAGCGACACGUGCAGCAGAUCAUCAUGUUCCAUCAGGAGGGAGAAAUGGGUGGGAAAGUGAGACGUAUCACAGAGGAAGGGAAGGUGAUGGAGGAGCCUCUGAACACUGUGCUGAUCCCAAGGCUGAUGAACUUCCUCAAGUUGGAGAAGGGGAAAUUUGGGAUGGUGCUACUGAAGAAGACACUGCAGGUGGAGGAGCGGUACCCAUACCCAGUCAGACUGGAGGCCAUGUACGAGACGAUCGACCAAGCACCCAUGCGUAAGCUGGAGAAGAACAGGCAAAAGGGGUUUGUCCAGAAGUGUAGGGGGGCUGGGGUAGAGGGCCAGGUGGUGGAGAGCAAUGGUUCUGGGACAGAGACUGAAAGUUCUGCUUCAGAUCCUCACGUGGAAACACCAGUAGACAGGAGGCCAGACAGAAAAGGGAUUCGUAAAACUGUCCGUCGGCCUGUUCAGAUCACCCCUGUCUCAACAACCACCACUGCCAGACCAACCACCACCACUCCAAGGCCGACCACCACACCUACAACCACAACAACCACCACAACAACAAAGCCCACAACUGCCACAACCACAACAACAAGGCCAACAACUACCACAACAACGAUGACCACAACAAGGCCCACGACUACAACUACAACCACCACCACCACCACAAGGCCAACUACCAUGACUGUCACCACACGCCCAACCACAACAACUCUCUCUACAACCACCACUACUCGUCCCCCAACAACAACAACAACAACAACCGCCACUACUGCUUUUACUACCCCCCAGAUGCCUACCAGAGGCCAAACAACACCCUACUGGGUACCUGCCCCAAAAACCACAGCUGAGCCUCACAACCACAAUCAAGGUAGAGGCAGACACAAGCAAAAAACGACCCCCUAUCCCACCUCUGUGUACCACACCAAGGCCUACACUGGGAUCUAUGAAGAAAACCACACCGACAAAAAAUCUAAUGGACGCAAAUCUUCAGGCGAUUCUGUGGCUCAGCCUGGGCCGACUAAAGAGAAACCACCAAAGAGGAAAGGUGAGAAAGUUCUCACGAACGAGUAUGAGGACAGGUACGAAGGAGAACUGCCCACGGAGGAGGUCCUGGAGGAGAUCGAGGCAGAGGUUCUGCCCACGCGGAAGGGCAAGGGCAGGCAUGACAAAGCCGAAAAGAAGAAGAAAAAGUCAGAAAAGGCUGACAAGGCGAGCAAAAGAGAUAAAGCAGAGAAGAAGGCUAAAGAGGGGAAGGGAGGCGGUGGCAACAAAAAGGCCUCCAAGAAGAACCAGGAUAAAGAUGAGUUCCAGAAGCCGUCAAAGAAGCCACCAACCUCCAUGGGAGCUUUGGCCUCCUUCCUUGACUAUUUCGAGAGCAGAAGACGACUUAUUCUGAUCACCACUCCUCAGGAUGAGAAUGGCAUGUAUGUACAGCAGAGGGAUGAAUACCUGGAGCAUGUGUGUGAAAUGGCCAUCAGGAAAGUCUCCAUCAUCACCAUUUUGGGCACAUUGACCAACAGCACCAUGAAAAUCGACCAUUAUCAGCUGGAGAACGACAAACCAAUGAAAGGCUUGAGGCAGGAGGACCUGGUGAACCAGGACUUGAUUGUCGAACUGCGGAAGGAGUUUGGGAUGACGGACGAUGAGUUCUUCAUGGUGCUGACUGACUUUGACAUGAAAGUCAAGCAAUACUAUGAAGUGCCCAUAGCCAUGAAGGCUGUAUUUGAUUAUACUGACACCUUCUCAUCACGCAUCAAAGAGAUGGAGCAGCAGAAGAGGGAUGGUGUGUCCUGCAAGAAGGAAGAUAAGCCCAGAUCUCUGGAAAACUUCUUGUCAAGGUUCCGCUGGAGACGCAGGCUAUUUGUUAUAUCUGCUCCCAAUGAUGAGGAAUGGGCCUAUCAGCAACAGCUUUAUUCUCUGAAUAGUCAGGCCUGCAAUCUAGGCCUGCGUCAUAUUUCAGUCCUGAAGAUGAUUGGUAUGGACACAGAAGACAUGGGUGGGGUCCUGGAGCUUUAUCCAAUCAACGGAAGCUCGACAGUGGACCGUGAAGGCCUCUCUGCCUCUCUGGUGAAGGACAUCAGGAACUACUUUCAGAUCAGCCCGGAGUACUUCUCAAUGCUCCUGGUGGGGAAGGACGGGAAUGUGAAGUCCUGGUACCCUUCCCCGAUGUGGUCUAUGGCCAUCAUCUACGACCUGGUGGACUCCAUGCAGCUGCGCAGGCAGGAGAUGGCCAUCCAGCAAUCUCUGGGCAUGCGCUGCCCGGAAGAUGAGUAUGGCGGCUACGGUUAUCAUCACCAUGGCUACCAUGAAGGCUAUCGUCAAGAAUACGGUUACUGAGGGGUGAGGUAUAACAUUUCCCUGAAAUUUCCCUCUUCGACCUAUACCUUGGGAUUUUUCUUCAUGUUUUCAAUUAAGAUACGAACAGGGCUGAAAUUCCAGAUUCCUCUUUUUCCCCCCUAUUUCCUUUCGUAUAUUAGUUGAUACCAGUCUGGCAGUUAGUUGUCUGAACUUGUUACCAUGUUUUGAUGUUUUUUUUUUUUUGUUCAUGCCAAACUGGAAAAGGGCUAUUUUGACAGGUAUAGACAUUCCUAUUGUAGAUAAAUGAGUAUGGACUUCUUCCUUUUUUAUAUUGCAUAUGUAUUUAUUGGUUGUCUGCUUCACCUGAAGCUACUUAAUUUGGGAAUCAGAACCAGCUUUGUCACUGGGCAGAUAUUGUUGGAACAAAAUUUCAACAUGAAAACAUUUCUGUUUACUUUAAGAGCACCGUUGCAGCAUAUGUUCUUAUUUAUGUACAGUUCUGAUAUAUGACAAAUAAACUACAUUUUUACCAA